AUGCUGUGCAGCGAGAGCAGGCAUCCACAUUUCCCCUGUCUCCAUGCCGUGAUGCCCGAACCCGCCGUCCCUCGAACGCUGUUAGAAAGUAUUCAAUUCUACGCCUCGGGUCUGCUGUUGUUGACGGCCAUCUUCACGUUGUCCGCCUUCCUGUUCCUCAUCCCGUUCGUGCUGGACCCGGCCUAUUCCACGAUCGCGGCGGAUUUCAUCGACGAACCCGUGGAAUGCCAGGUGCUCCAGGUGGAAUCUUACUUUGGACUCUCCAACUGCACGUGGACUUCCUGCCGGGAAGGGUGCACCAGGGAACUCACAGCCUGCACGCAAAUCAUCGUCAGGUACACCAGUCGGUUCCAGGGCGAGCAGGAGGUGGAAGCAAAUGACACGGCGACGGGAGGAGGCGUGAAAUGGGACUUGGAUUCCGCGGAAUUAUACGUGAACGUGAAGGGCUGUGGAUAUCCACCCACCGUCAACUGUACCGUGUUCGCCGAAUCCUACGGGGAAGAAGGGCUCAUGUUUCCCUGUUUCUACAGCCGGAAGAACCCCCGACUCGUGGUGCCCGAGUAUGACCCCGAAGGUGCCAAGGUGUCUCUCGUCUCCGCCACUGUCUUUCCCAUUCUCAUCUUCACCAUCUCCGUCACCGGACUCUGCCUCAUGUACGUGAGGGCGUGCCGAGAACCCGUGCUCAAGAGAUUGGAGAAGACGAGGGCCUGGCAAAAGUUCGUCAUGUAUAGCAAUCCACCCGAACCUCCUCCAUCUGAACAGGAGAAUCGCGAAUCCGAUACGAAAUCCAUUCCGAAAACGAGAACAGUCAAACAUGAGCCAAAUAUCGAAGAAGACUGAAAAAAAAAUGAAUAAAACGCAAUACAAUUAUCCUGUUCGCGCGAUCGAAUGAGUUUAAAUCAUAGUUCUCAUCCAGGUAGAAGGUGAUAACGCUAUUUAAAGGAAUAUUUUACGGCAUUUCAUAAGUGCAUCAAGAGAACGUAUCCCGUAUAUUAACUCAAGAAAAGACU